AUGUAUCCAAGGUUCAUCCAAAUGUUAAUCAAUGAUCAAUACAAGAAUCCUCCAAACGAUGGAGAUCUCUACACAUUUCACGUUCCUACAAGUCGCCAGUAUACAGAAAUCAAGACAAAUGAAUGGGUAAUGCUGCACGACUGGAUGUAUCCAGCUAAAAGAUUGCCACUGGUGAAAGAAGCAUAUAGAAAAUACAGAGAGGCACUUAAAGAAAAACAACAAAGAGCUCCACAAGCUCAAGCAGAAACUGCUGAAAAAGAAGAGCGUUUGAAGGGAAAACAUGCUGCUGAAGAUGAGCCACCUAAGAAAAAGAAGGCAUCUGAAAAUCCUGAAAGACUGAUGGGUACAAGCUUCAGAGCGGCCGAAUCUGAAGAACAGCGCCAACAUAUCAGAGAUAUGAAAGAAAUUCAUGCCCUGCAAGAAAAAGAAAAGAGGGAGAAGAAACUCAAGAGAAAAGAGAUGUCUGCUUCCGAAAGACCAGAGGUCGUUACAGAAGAAGUUCAGUCACUAAAUGACUUCGUUGAUACUUUGAUAGUCGAUCCUGAUGAAGCCUCAGUGAGCAAGAAAACGACAGAUGAAAGAUCUUCCAAAGUAUCUCCUGUAAAGCCGACGAGGUUUUCAAGGCCACCAGUCCUGCCACAAAGGGUUCGUCCCUUUCAAGAGCUUUACGAUAAACUCAUUAAAGACACCGGUCCAUCUGUGGCUAAGGAAAUCUGCCUUCUCAAAAACCAAGUAAACGACACAAACAUCCUGAGAGAGAAGAUUAAAGAUCAGCGUAAGAAGAACAAAGAGAUGAACGCCUACAUGGCCAAGCAAUCAAAGUUUAUCAGAUUCCAGCAGAUGGGGUUAGAGAAAUUAUAUAGAAUGAUGAGAAAUAUGUGCGAGCAGAUGAAAAUAAAGCCCAUGUUUUCCUUUGAUGAAAUCUUCGACUUUGAAACUUUCAUAGAGGAAGAAACUGCCAGAAAGGAGAAAGAAGCUGAAGCUAAGAAAAGACGCAUGGAAUCGGUCGAGAGGGUAACUGAAGGAGAUGAAAGUGAUGAGGAAGAAUUUGAUAGAGAUGAUAUGCCAGCCAGAUUCAUUGAACGGGGUCUAGCAGAAGAAGUAUUGUAUGAGUAA